AUGUGGCCCUCACUGACUCGGCAAACUAUAUGUUCGAGGGGUUCCUCCCGAGCUUGGAAGCAGUUAGUUGGAGCUGUAUCGUCAUCACAACUGACAACUUCCCGAGCCCACGCCAUCCGUCCUCAACCUCAAACUCAAAACCCUUACUACUCGUUUAUCAAAACCAAAACAAGAGCAGCAAGCACUAGUCAACAACCUGCCAACAUGGGUAUCAAAACCGACAUUCACCUGUACACCACUGGUACGCCCAAUGGCAUCAAGGUGUCUAUCCUGCUUGAGGAGCUGGGCCUUGAGUACCAGGUGACCAAGAUCGACAUCAUGAAGAACGUGCAAAAGGAGCAAUGGUUUCUUGACAUCAACCCCAACGGUCGCAUCCCAGCAUUGACCGACACUUUUACCGAUGGCAAGACCAUCAACCUGUUUGAGAGCGCCUCCAUCAUGCAGUACCUCGUGGACCGUUAUGACACGGAGCACAAGGUGUCGUACCCCCACGGUUCCCGAGAGCACUACCAGGUCCAGAACUGGCUCUACUGGCAGAUGGGCGGCCUUGGUCCCAUGCAGGGUCAGGCGAACCACUUCAGCCGCUACGCUCCCGAGAAGAUUCAGUACGGCAUUGACAGGUACCAAAACGAGACCCGCCGUCUUUAUGGCGUCAUGGAGACGCAGCUCGCUAGCAACCCGUCCGGAUACCUCGUUGGUGACAAGGCAACCAUCGCCGACUUUGCCUGCUGGGGAUGGGUAGCUGGUUACUCAUGGUGUGGAAUUGACAUCGAGCCGUUCCCUCACUUGAAGGCAUGGCUCUUCAAACUGAAGGAGAGACCUGGUCUUGACAAGGGUCGCAACGUGCCUACUCCGCACACGGCUCUCGACCACGUUGGUAAGAGCCAGGAGGAGCUGGACAAGAUGGCUGAGGAGUCCAGGAAGUGGAUUCAGGCAGGAAUGGCCACUGAUGCGAAGAAAUAGGUUCGUCCGGUACACGCAGUAAAUACUGAAUGAUUAGGUACCUACCUACCUACCUUAGGUACCUAAGGCAGACAGACGAUUGAGAGUAAUCGAGGUCUGCCGGUAAUUUGCAAGUUUCUGUGGGACUCGGCAGAUAAGGAGCGUCAGUGCAACAUGAAAAGGUCUGGACCAAAUAUUGUAAUCUUUUACUUGGCGUUAUUGGAAGCUACUGCGAUCAACUUAGUGGAAUCGUUGAGAAUGUGUCGGUUUUCCUAUUUGCGGUUUGGUGAGGGCACCGCGUUGAAGAAUUUAGUUGCGAAUGAUUGUCACGAGCAAAAUCAUGUCCUGUGUUCUUAAUUUAGCAC